AUGGGCACAAAUCCUCUUCGGGCGAUUGCAUCGUCUCACUUGUACUGCGUCCGAUUCCUGGGCUUCGUGGAGGCCUCGCUCAUCAUGAUGGCGAUGCUCCGUCUGGGGCUGAUCUUCCUGGUGCCGAUCCUGCUGAUCGAGUUCUUGAUGGUCUCGCUCUUCCUGGGAUGCCGACUGCUGGCGCUCGCGUUCGCGACGCUGGAGGUCAUCGUGAUAGUGGUCCAGCUUCCCAUGAGGGUGCAGCUCUUUCUGAAACAGUCGGUCUACUCAGAGACGAUGCUGGAGUCGAAGGUGGUUCGGAUCAUCAUAGUCCUGUGGAGCUACGUGGCCCUCUCGUGUCUGAAGGUGCUAUUGCUGUCCAUCCUGAUGCUGCCGCCCGCCUUCGUGUCGAUGCUGAGUCUGAAGGCCUCGCCCCUCUAG